GUUGGCCAGAACAAGAUGAACUGGUGUAACAUUUUGACUGGAUUUCUGCAGUUAAAUUUCUUUCAAGUGGUAAUCUCUCAUUGCAUGGUGUAUCAGAUUCCUCCACAGAGCUUUGAAAUGCCCUGUGUACCAGCUAGAAUUGCAGAGGAUGGUCCCACUUGGCAUGAUGCACAUGGUACAAUUGGAGCCAAUGCCACUGUACUGGUGGCUGAAGAUAAUUUCUUAUGCUGCCACUGGAGUGAUACUUAUAUGAAUUGUUUUGCAUACACUGAAGAAAUGGAAGCCAAAGCAUUUAUUUCUUCAAGAAUUGUUGAUUCAACACUUCAACAGAUAGAUUCAAUUUGGAAUCUGCAGUUUUGGACAAAUGAAACUACAGAAGAAUUGUUUUGUGUUGUGAAAUUGUCUACUAAGUCACCAUAUUUGAAUGAAGACUUUACAGUUAAUCUGUUGCAUGCAUUAACAGAUGCAUCACUGGAAAGUGCUUCUACAAAUUCACUGAAGGAAAAUUCUACAGUCACUCACUGUAAUACUGUAGAAGCCCAAACAUAUGAAUGUCAGAUAUCUUCAAUAAAACUCAAUCAUAUUUACAUUAUGUGGCUCAAGAUCACUAAUGGAAAUGUAUUACUGAAGUCACCAUUAAUGUCAGUCAAGCCUAUAGAUAUUGUAAAACCUGAACCUCCAUUACAUCUGCAAGUUGAAAUGACAGAUACAGGACAGUUAAAAAUCUCUUGGUCUCAGCCAGCGUCAAAAUCAAAUUUAUUUCUAUAUGAAGUGAAGUGUUUUACAAACGCAGCUAAAAGUUUCCAACAGGUGGCUGAAAUUACCAUGGGAACAUCACUGACCAUAAAUAAUGAAUUGCUGGAAUCUUCAUAUGUAGUUCAGGUUCGGUGCAAGAACCGUCAUGGAUUAGGUCUUUGGAGUGAUUGGAGCUCACCUUUUAACAUGGAUCUACAAGAUGUCAUAUAUUUCCCUUCCAAACUCCUAGCAAGUGUUGGAACAAAUGUUUCCUUUUACUGUAUUUAUAAAACAAAAGACAAAAUAAUCUCAUCGAAGAAGAUAGUGUGGUGGUUGAAUUUAGCAAAAGAAAUCUCAAGUAGUCAGUAUACUUUUGUGAAUGACUACACUAGCAAAGUUACACUUACCAACUUACCUGCAAUGAAGCCUGGAGGAAAUUUUCUUUUUAAUGCUCUAUACUGUUGUAAUGAGAACAAGGAAUGUAAUCAUCGUUAUGCUGAACUAUACAUAAUAGAUACUAAUAUCAACAUCACAUGUGAAACUUAUGGCAACCUGCAAAAAAUGACUUGUUCCUGGUCCAUCAACCCAGAUCCAAUGCUUUUGGAGAGUACUUUGCUGUUAAGAUAUUAUAGGAAUGAUAUAUACUGUUCAGAAUCUCCUAGCAUGUAUUCAGAUUCAGAGGUGAAAGAAUGCAAUUUUCAGAGGAAUAAUGUUUAUGAGUGCAUCUUUCAACCAUUUUACCUUCUGUCCGGAUACACUAUGUGGAUAGAAAUUAAGCACUCAUUGGGAACAGUUACAUCAAGGCCAGUAUGUAUCCUUCCAAAAGAAGUAGUGAAGCCGUUCUCUCCCUUCAGUGUCAAAGCUGAAAUCACAGAGGACACAGGGCAGCUGAAUGUGAGUUGGAAUAACCCUGAACUUCCAAAGAAUGACCUUCAGUUUCAAGUUCGAUAUGCUGCUAGUGGAAAAGACAUUAACUGGAAGAUUCAGGAAGUUUCUACUGUAUCGGUCACCUCUACAAGUAUUGCUGUACAGGAUCCGUGUAUAAUUUACAUUGUUCAGGUACGCUGCAGUAUGACUGAAGGAGUUGGCUAUUGGAGCGAUUGGAGCAAAUCUGCUUAUACAGUUGUUAAGGAUAUCAAAGCUCCUUUGAGAGGACCUGAAUUCUGGAGAGUUAUUAAUGAAGAUCCCAUGAGGAACCAGAAAAAUGUCACUCUGCUUUGGAAGCCAUUGAUGAAGAACCUUUCUUUAUGCAGUGUUCUAGACUAUGUGGUAGAGCAUAAUACUUCAGAAAACAUUACUUGGUCUGACUAUGUAGAAAAUGACGCUACUUAUACUUUUUCAUGGUCAGAAGAUAGACAUUCUGUUAAAAUUCUAGCCAUCAACUCAAUUGGAACUUCCUCUGUGAAUUUUAUUUUAACUCUGUCACAACAAAUAAGCACAGUAAACAUUGUGCAGUCUCUGAAUAUCUACCCAAUGAACAGCAGCUGUGUAAUAAUGUCCUGGACACUUUUACCUAUGGAUUAUGUUGUUACAUCCUUUGUAAUUGAAUGGACCAAUCUAAAUGGAGAAGAACAAAUUAAAUGGAUAACAGUUCCUUCCAAUGUCAGGAGGCAUCAUAUAUUUGAUAACUUCAUUCUCAUUGAGAAAUACAGAUUUAGUUUAUAUCCAGUCAUUAAUGAAGGAGUGACAAAACCUGCAAUAACAGAAGGAUUUUCCAAAGGUGAAUUUAAUGGGAUUGAAAAGCAGCAUGAUGUGAACUUCUAUGUGAUUCUACCCUUAAUGAUUUCAUGCUCAUUUUUGCUGCUUGGAGCACUGUUGAUUUUGCAGCAGAGAAUGAAGAAAUUGUUGUGGGUUGAUGUUCCAAACCCAAAGAAUUGUUCCUGGGCACAAGGAGUUAAUUUCCAAAAGCCUGAAACCUUUGAGCAUCUCUUUCUCAAGCAUCCUGAAGCAUUGUCAUUUGGUCCUCUACUUCUGGAGCCAGAAAUAGUAUUGGAAGAUAUCAGUAUUGAUAAAGCAGUGAAAAAUGAAGAUAAACAAGAAUUACUAGCAGUUGACUCACUGUUUGCAACCAUUCAAGACUUGGAGCAUGACUCAGCUUGCUCUAGUGGUCAUUUCAAUAGUGGCAGUCUCUCUGAGAAUGUCCAUGAUAUUGAAAACAAUGGAGAAAUGUCAGAACAAUGUAAUGUAAAAUAUGCAACUAUUAUAAGUGGCUCUAUGUCAAUUGGGCUUUAUGAGCCUUCAAAGGAUUUAAGCAGUCCUUUUGACAGAAGUUUUGUGAACCUUGAGUCUUCAUUUCCAGCUUCUUUCUCUAGCAUUUCUUGGGCAGUAGGAAAUCAAUCAUUUCUGAUAUUACCUGAAUAUUUUCAAGACCCUCCCAGAAAAAGUCUCUCUCUGUCUGUUGUUUCCUCUGAAGGUUUCUCAGAACCUUCAGAACAAGAUAAAACUUUCACUGAAGGCAACAGUCCAGAGAGAAAUUUGUUCUACUUAGGCAUGGACACACCCAAAAGUAAUGAAAAUGAUGUUUUUUUAACAGAAAAUUCAAAUGUGGCAUCAUGUCACUUUCAUACCAAUACUCUCAUUAGAAGCAUGAGGAUUUCUCAAAAUGUAACAUCUGGUCUAAAUCCUUUUAUCUGUGACUGUGAAAGGCCCCUUCAGACCUUCAUACCAUAUAUGCCACAGUUCCAGACACUGACAGUUAAAGUACAUGAGACAGCUUAG